AUGGACAGCUCUUACAUUCCACCACCGUUCCCUUUUCCAGAAGCCUGGCCGGCGAUCUACGCGGAUCAGCGGCAGCAGAGCGGCAGAUGGCUAACUUCGACCAUGUGCAGUCAGAUGCAAUGGCCGACAGCUGCUGCAGUAGAGUGUCCUACUCGUGUAGCGGAUCAAGAGAGCGCAGAUCGGACCUUGGAAGAAGGAGAAGAAGGUGAAGAAGGGGACGACGGUGACUACGAGUUUGGCUAUGUCCUGAGUGACGAGUGGCGAGAGCGUUUCCGAUCGUCCGCACGAUUGACGUCACGACUCAGUAGCACAAACAAGAAGCUGGAGAACAAGAAGAAGAACAAGAAGAAGCAGAAGCAGAUCAAGCAGCAGCAAGAGAAGCUCAACCAGCAGACACGUGCAGGGAAGGGCCGGACUCCCCCUGUCCGCUCGAGCCAAGCGAGUCACUUGCAAGACGAACUUGACGCGGCAAAGGCCCGCGAACUCGCUCGGACGUGGAAGCGACGGAGUGACGUGGAUGCACUUCCGGGAGCGCCGGGGCUGGAUCCUCGGAUCAAGGCGUUGGAGACAUCGCUGGACCUGGCGUUCGAUGACUUUUGCGACACUUGGCAGCCAGUUAUGAAGAACGACCCCGGGAGCGGCUCGGCGCAGGCCAUUCCGUCCCUCAAGCGCACGCUGAGCGGAGGCGCCGCUGGCAGCGUGGGCCACGGCCACCCCGGCGGGCUCACGAGCCACCUGAGCGUGGGCAUGAACAGCAUGAACUCGAUCCCGUCGGUGCUCCACGCGACGUGCAACACGAACCCGCCGCAGAUGCUGCGCGCGGUGACGUCCUCGGGGGUGUACAACCGCCCGGCGGGCAACGCGUCGCUUCGGGGCGGCAGCAGCGGUCCGUCGGGAGGCGGCAGUAGCGGCUCGUCGGCUGCCAACAGCAACGUGACGGCCAUGCGCAGCAUCUCGCAGUCGUCUACGAUGCAGGACUGGCGGAUGUACCUGACGAUUGAAGAGCGUCAGGCCGUGCGGUCGAAGAUCCGCGACGCGUACACGAGUCGCUGCUCGACGUACGAAGAUUUGCUGCAAGUGGCCUGUGCUAUUGAGGAGGAGCUGCUGCACAUCUCGGCACCGUCACGUUUGGACUACUUCAAGAGCGGCUUUGAGUUUGAAAACCGCGUGAAACUAAAGAAAGACCAGCUGCAGGGACAACUGGCGGCAUUAGACGCUAAGCGGCGGUCUGUGAGUGGCCAGCAGCAGCAAAACCACCAGGGAAGCUCCGGCAGUGGCACCAGUGGCAACAAAUCAGUAGGAUCGGCCAAGAAGCAGAGGAAUUAG